AAGAUCCCCCCCCCCCCCCCCUCAACUGGGUCUGUAUCAUUUUUGUUCUUCAACCUUUUCUUCUUUUUUGGCACCUAAGUAUCUCUUUUGUCAAACAAGAGGGGCCCUUUUUUCAGUGCUACAGAGCCGACUGACCUAUGGAGAACGUACUCAAUUCAGUGGAGAAUAUGCAAGAAACGCCUUUUAAGAGUCUAAUGCAAUCCAAACCCACCAUGUUGGAUUGCAUAACGCCAGCAAAGGAAGAUCAAGAGAUGGAUCAAGAAUCUGAGAAUAUGCAAGAAACGCCUUUUAAGAGUCUAAUGCUAUCCAAACCCACCAUGUUGGAUUGCAUAACGCCAGCAAAGGAAGAUCAAGAGAUGGAUCAAGAAUCUGAGAACGCAGGCAAUGAUCUGCGCAAAAGUAGCGCCCCAUAUCAUCUCCAAGUUCCCAAGGCAUUUAAGUUCCCUGAAAGGUAUAGAAGCCCAACUGAUCUUAUGAUCUCACCCAUUACAAAAGGCCUUCUUGCAAGAAACAAAAAGGGUGGUGCUCUCUUGCCACCAAGUUUGAAUCAGCCCAAGCAGGUUCAAGAUGUAGAAGUUCAGGGUGUGGCGGCGGCUUUCAAAAUUGAGAUAUAAAUGUUGGCAGACAAAAAGCUAUAUCAGAUAGAUGGAUCGGUUUCUUGUAAUCAGAUGGGUUCUUGAACUUCAUGAAUUUGUCUGGAUAAAUAGUCCUGUUUUCCUGUCACGAGAAUAUUCAUGAGAUGAGAUGUGUAGUCAUGGAAAAGAAACCAUCGUGCCCUUCCCAUUUCAGAGAAUUAUUAAAUAGGCAAGAUGAGGUUCGAUUCAA